AUGUCGUCGCGUUUGCCACUGCAACCUCGCCCUGACGGCUGGUUGACAGCGUCGAAGAACCCCAAGCAGCCAGUUCAGCGCCCGUUGGUAAAGCUCGACGCAAACGUUCACCACGGCAUCUCCACUCCUCCCUCAAGUACGAGUCGCAAGCGUUCGGCCCCCGCUUCAAAUUUGACGGCAUCGCAGAGGAAGCGUCCGCGCGCCACUCAACCGCAGGCAACGCCGACGGCGGCCGCCAAUCGGACUCUCGACACCUAUCUCACACCCCCAACUACCACAGGAAAGGCCGCCAAGCAUAGAAAGCCGCUCAAGAACGUGUCCCAAAAUGCCCAGUCGGACGCAGCCAUCACAGAGUGGCUUAGUGAGCCCCCUAAACGAGUUAUGCCCAAGGACCGACCGGCACAGCAGCCCAAGAAGGCCACGCAACGCGCUCGUUCUGACUCGAGAUCGCCAGUAAAACCCUCACCCCGUACUCCUGAACCUUCCUCGUCACAGAGAGAACUCACACAAGUCCCUCCGUCCGUCCUCGCCCGACAUCAGCGGUUGUGCGGCCAGGACAGUGCUCGAAAGCGCGCGACGCGAUCGCCGUGGCGGGAGAUCACAGAGGAGGACGAGGCUGUCGAGCUGGAAGAGCGGCGCGCUGAUCGCCAGCGGCGGGCGGAGGAGAUCGCCAAGGAAAAGGAGCGCAAGCGACUGCGAUUAGAUGUGCGGGAGACUGUCGAGAAGCAGGCGAAAGACCGAAUCGAAGGAGUGAGGCAGAGGCGCGCUUUAGGGCAGUUCAAGUCCCUAGUACACUUGUCUAGCGAGUCAUCGUCCUCUCCGCACUCCUCAUCCCCUUCGAAACCGGGAGCAGACUCCAGGCGUAAUGACUUACGCCCAUACUCGUCCGCCUUUGAGGAGCCGGUGUGUGAGCGCGAGACACAGUGGCCGAAGCCUCAAGUUCUGCCGUCGUCGCGGCUUGCCGCCAUGCCGAGGCGUACGUCCCCGUUUAAGCCCUACAUCGAUCGACCACGAGACAGCUCUCCUAGCCCUUCAAAGCGUUCACCACCAAGACACGCUCGCGAAUCUGAGUCGCCAGCGAAUAAAGCGGCUGACGUCACAACGCCGAAGAAGCCAAGACGCCAACAUCAUCAAGUGACGCCUCCGAAAUCUCGUUCACCGCAGCGUAAUCAGCCCGAAACGUUAUUCGUGUUCCCAUUACCGAAGCCUCCUCCUCAGCCGGUGUUCGUGCGUUCCCCGCGGCCCUUCACAGAGUGGCGUCCAGUUGAGAUGGAAGCGGAAACCUUGAUGACUUGGAGCCUUGGUGGAGGUGCGGCAUCAGCUGAGCGGAAUGGGGAUCUGCCUUCCAGCGAUCCCCCGGUCGAUAACGAGGAGCUGCCGGCCGUCAGCGAGGCGCAGGAACUGAAUCUCCCUCCCAGUGACCCGCCUGCACUUCCCCCGAGUGAUCCGCCUCAAGACUCUGAUGACACCGAGAGUAUAGCACCAUCGGUCCCGUCUCAGACAUUCCCGGACCUGCUUCAGUCAUCGCCUGCUCAGAAGGAGCCCUCCCCAGUGAAACGGGACAUCGGGUUUCCGUUGCGGAGUUCGCCCCCGCGCUUGCCGCGCCUGUCCGUCUCUUCUGGGAAGCGGCUCGUGCGCCGAUCGGGCUCUCCGAAGCGUGUUAACGAAGCCAUCUUCGCCUCGCUGAACGACACUCCAAAGGCAAAGCAGCCCCUGCCGUCUCAGAAGCGACAGAACAAACGGCCACCUCAAAAGUCGACUCCUUCGGAUUCGCAGCAGACGAAGCUGAGCGCGUUUGGCUACUUCCCGAAGAAGGAUCAGAAGAGCCUUGAGUUCGACAAGUCCUUUUCGGACGAGGAGGACCUCGACUUUGGAGACGAGCACGUCGCGUGGACACCUCGUGCAUCGUCAUCCAACCUCGGCCGCGUCCCGGAAGCGCCUCCGCACCCAUCCCUGCGCGAGGCGGGCCGCCGCGAACUUGCAAAGCGCGACGCUGAGGCGAUGGAACGACACCGCUCGCAGCAGCGACCGCCAGCCACACCGUUUACAGACUCUAGCUCUCUUACCCCUGACGAUGGUCCGCAGACCAGCGAAUCAACCCGGCGCUGGUUCGCUGGCCUUGGUCACUCGUCGUCGGAACCGUCCUCAGACUUGUAA